CUUCUUUUGAAGAUAUAUGCUUCUACUGUUCUUUACAAAUCAGUCCCCUUGAGAUCGCGAGACUAUUAACUUUUAACAGUUAGAUAUCCGUCAUUUAUACUAACGAGAUGGCAAACAAGAUGUUAUCGGGACCAACAUGUUUGUCUUUGACUAUUGCCGUUAUACUCCUUGUUAACAAUAUACAAAGAAUUAGUGGAAAGCAUCUUGCACAAUCAAAAACCAACCUGUCGGAUCCAAUCUCAGUAGUAAUAAAUCAACCACAAACAACUGUGAUUGUAGGAUCGAUUUUAGCAAAAGAAUUAAUCGCAAGUUUACUUGCUGGUAAACUGUCUGCUGAUGGAAACGAGAAUGAAGGGCGUAAGAUUGUGAUAAAUAAUUCGUCGAAAAAAGAUAAAAAGGAAAGUAAUGAGAAUAAGCAUGAAAUCUUUGAGGUUGUGAAUGUUGAGUCUGGAGAAAACAGCAACUGUUCUGAAGUAGAAAAUGAGAAAACUCUUGGAAAUGAGAAUGGAAGGUCUGGCAAAAAGGGUGAUUCUGCGCUAGCAGAAACUGACACUGAAACUGAGUCCAAAGAUAGUUCAAAAGCAGAAAAGGUGAAAUUUAUUUCUAAAAUCAACAAACAAACUAAUAAAUCUGCUGAGAAGACGUCUGCUUCGAAAACAGAUGGCGAUUCUUCAAAAUCUACCCAAUCUAGUCGUUCUAAAAGUGUUCAGAAUUAUUGGAACUAUCUUGAUUAUAAUAACAAUGACUAUAACUAUUGGGGAUUUUGGUUAGGUUAAAUACAAUGUGCAAGAGUAUGAAAGAAUCCACUUGGUAUAGCUUUUUUCUUGCUUGAAGAUUGGCGCUGAAUUACGAAUUUGCGAGAGCUCAGGCAUAACACUUUGUCUAAAAACGGAAAUUUUGUGAAAACCUAGAAAGCAUAAUUUAUUUAAAAAUCAUCAAAUUAUAUGUGUUAUCCAAAACAUUGUCAGCCUAAUACAUAUGUACAUAUGUAAAUAACGUAAAUAAAUAAAAAAAUAUGUAUGUAAUCAA